GAGUCGCGCUGUCAGCGGAGGGAAAUGCAUGACGUUAGAAAUACAAGAAAUAAGUCAGAUUCCGAACGCCGAGCGAGCAAGGCGAUUUUGAUAAAACCCUACUAUACAAGAACCAAAACAAUACACUCUCCCCCUCCCCGAACUCUACGCACCGAAGAACCAGCCAUGAACGCCACCGAGAACACCCCAGCUAAGGCGCACCAGAGAGCCGCUGCAUCAGCAGAGUCACCCGAAGUCGUAGACUUCACGGAUUUCUCCGACGCCGAGGAACCGGAGUCCGCUGCCAAGGCGGACGAGGAAGCUGCCCCGAAGCCAGGAGUAGCCGAAGAACCCCACACCUCCGAUGGGGACAUAUACGCGGAUAUGGAGCUAAACGCUGACGAGGCAGGGCCAGCGGACCACGAGGGUCCCCGAGACAGCCCCCCGCGGUUCUCCCGCCGACCAUCCGGGUUCCGUCGAGAGAACCUGUGGUCGCCGCCGCCGUAUAAGCGACGAGCCGCGCCCUGCUCCCCGGAGCCAGGGUCACCGUCAUUCGAAGAGGAGUUCGAAGAUGCCGGUUCUAGCCAGCACAGCUUCCCGGAACCAGAGACGCCAUCAUACGCGCCGAUGUUCGAACAGGAGUUUGAAGAUGCCGGUUAUCACCAGCGCCGCGAUCCCCGAACCGGCCGUGGCAUUUACCGCCCCGAGAGGGGGCUGGAGCGUUACACACCGAAACCAUACAACGCGUACUACGACGACGGGGAGAGCGAAGAGGAGGAACCCUACGGUCGGCAAUUCAUAGCCGAAACAGAGACCUUUCACCACACGGUCACGCCAUGGGGGAUACGCGUCACGCGUAACCACCAGAUGUCCGUAGACGUCUUUGUCCCUCCCGGCCGGAAUGUCAACGCGUUCUUCAGGAAAUUCCGAGAAGCCGCGGAACCAAUCGACUACCGCUCCAAACCGGCCGCCCCAGCCAGGGCAAGCCCCCCGCACGCCGAAGCGCGACCGCCAACGCCCGCAUCGGAUCCUCCCCGACGCCCCAAUCCUCCAGAAGAGUCAGCGGCGACCACACCAACGCACGCCGAAGCGCCCCACGCGGAGGCAGCGCAAGGCCCUCCCACUGAAUGGCCCACCUGGGCUACAGAAGAGGGAAACGCCGCUCCGGUUCGACAAGCGGAGCUGACCGAACCGGAGGAGCAGUGGGAAACGGGGCCGGACAGCGGGUACCCCACCAUGACCCUACGGAGGGUAAAACAACCCGUUGCGGAGGAGACGGCGCCGACCCCCAAAACUGGGGAGUGGGAAGGACAAGACGAGUUGCUGGUGGACUCCGACUUGGAUGAAAUACUACGAUUUCUUCAAGACGAAUCUACGCGGGAGGGGCAAAGUCCAGCGGACUUCUCCCUGAUCGAAGAGCUGAACCAGCCCACCUAGUGGGUAUUCGCGCCGGCAGAUUGGCAGGUGAACAUCCCAGGCCGAGCCCUACCGGCGGGCCACAUCGAGGAGAUACACCAGCGGCUGCUGGAAACGGAGAGGCAUUUUUCCCCUUUUUAUAUCUCCAGUUUCCCUUAAAUAUAUCGUUACUUAGCCUUAGACUUCACUUUCGCGGAGACCCAGCGAAGUUUUCCCGAGCGCGCAAGUGCCGAGCAGACUUCACUUACGCGGAGACCCGGGCCGAGAAUAGAGGUUGUCCCGCGUGACAACUAAGAUACAAGUUAAGAAUCCUUCCGGGAACGUGACGAAACAACAAAAAAUAGUCAAUGUAAGAAAUUACCUGUAUAACCAGCAAGCUAAUAAAUCAUUAUUGUAACGAGAACCAACCCCGUGUAAGUCAUUUUUGGGGAUCCAAACCCC